CUUGUGUUUGUUUUUUUUUCAAUAUUAAUUUUAUUAUUCUCAGCUCAGGACAUAAUCAGCAUAAUCAGUAAGCAGACUUGCAAGAAAAUUGUGUAAACAAUAACUUGCUUGCCAUGUCUUCCGGUAAAAACAUUUGGCAGGCAGCAGCCACCGGCGACCCCAUAGCUCUUGAAAAGUGCCUUGAAAGGAAGUCUAACAAAAACAAGCUUAUCAAAGUCGGCAACUUUCGAGACAACCACAACUGGACUUUACUGCACCACGCAGUGUCCAGCGGAAAUGCGGAAUGCGUCGAGCUAUUGCUGUCACGAACGGAUAUCGAUGUGGGGGCCCGGUGCUUCGAAGGUCGGACGGCUCUGCUGUAUGCUUGUAUGAAGAAUGCAUCCGCUGAAAUUGCGAAUCUAUUGCUGACUAAGGAUCCUUCGGUUAUUAACGUUGGGAGUAAUGAAGACGUGACACCAUUACACGUUGCUGUAGAGCGACGUUCUCUUGAACUUGUAGAGUGCCUUGUUGCGAAAGGGGCUGACGUAAACGCUCCUGAUUUUGCCGGUGAAACUCCACUGCAUGGUGCCGUGGAAUUCGGCAAUAUUGAAAUUCUGAUUCAUUUACUUUACACAGGACACGCGGAUGCUAGCAUUCGCUCAGAAAACGAUGUUGAUCCACUGAACCUAUUAGCAGCUCGGGGCAACUAUGAAGUAAAAGCUAAAAUCGCUUGCUUCAAAAUACUCUUUAACUAUGUCCACAGAGCACAUGCAUACCAGCAAAAAUACCAAAUGGAAGACAUCUUUCCAAUAGCACUACUUAGCUACCGGUCCACGUCGCUAAUUCCAUAUUUCGUAGAAACUGCACUUUUAUGGGAGAAAAAUGCAGAUAAAUGUCGCUUAGCUAGGCAACUUUUGGAAGGGCCCAACGAUCAAUACAUUACAAGUCGCUUCAGUGAUCGAGUCAAUCGAAAUUUGUAUCAAUUUCUAGCUUUAUUACUGGCGGAUGAUGAAGGCAUUCGGCGACUACAGGAUGACUCUCUGAAUUAUGAAGUAAUUUAUAGUCACUCGCUUUUACAUAAUGAACUUGCUGCCCUAUCAGUGGCGGCGGUUCGCGAAAAUGAUAACGAAAAACAGUUGCGAAUAUUACUAGAAUACCUGGAUCAUGUAAAACAUCUGGCAUAUUUUUUCUCCGACCAUCUGGCGGAAACUUUGGAUAUGAUAAAAAACGCCUUAAUGAAUGACGACGAAGGCCAAAAUGAAACCGUGGACGUUGCCGAUUUAAACCGUUAUGAAAGAGUCGUCAGUAAAAUGGUGCAUAUCACGUCGGCCGAAGCUGAUGAUAUACUAAUGACAAUGGUUUCGUCCUCGCCGAAUGAUACAAAGUUGCAGUGGAAAUAUCUGCAGCCGGUUGUCGGAUACUGUACCGAUGUGUUUAUGAAUGAACGCAGACUGACGGCAGAUAAGCUGCAGCACACCAUGUUCUCCAAACUGCUACGAACAUAUGGUACGUUGUCACUGGUUCAGCGUUGUGAUAAUUUCCAGUUCGAAGACUUUUCACUUCUGCGUCAGGCUAGAGAUGCCGUGCGCAAGUCAGUAUGGGCUGCGAUCGACGAAGACGAAAAAAAGCGAGAUCUUGUUUUCGCUCACCGUAUAGAAUCUUUAGAGAUUCCAAAAAAUCUUGUUCGUUAUCUACGGUAUCUGUAGAUUCGUUUAUAUCAGUUAAUUUAUUGCCAGUAAGAUUAUAAGUACAAAUUAUCCAGGAAAGAAUUGAGUGAGGUAUUCUGCCCUGAUUUUGUGAGGAAUACUAGCACGAAUUCGAAAUAAAUUCAAGUGAAA